AGAAGGGGGAAAGGUUCAGGAUCUACUAUGCCAUCACAUCAUGAUAGCGAUUUUUUUAUUUAAUCAGGACGUGCUGAGCAACCUCUGAAUGGACGUUAGCACUUGCUGCAGAUACACUGGUUGAGCACUCAGCUGCACAAUGGCUGACUGGGACUAUGACUAUCUGAUCAAGCUCCUGGCACUCGGGGACUCGGGGGUGGGAAAGACCACCUUCCUCUACAGGUACACGGACAACAAGUUCAACCGCAAGUUCACCACCACAGUGGGCAUUGACUUCAGGGAAAAAAGAGUGAUGUACACAGGGACAGGUGCUGACGGGAUGACCGAGAGGAACUUCAGAGUCCACCUUCAGCUCUGGGACACAGCUGGACAAGAGAGGUUCCGCAGCCUCACGACAGCUUUCUUCAGAGAUGCCAUGGGCUUCCUGCUGAUGUUCGACUUGACCAAUCAGCAAAGUUUCCUCAAUGUCAGGAACUGGAUGAGUCAGCUACAGGCCAACGCGUACUGUGACAAUCCAGAUAUCGUGUUGGUGGGCACCAAGGCUGACCUCCGAGAUGUAAGGGAUGUUCACGCCAGACAGGCCAGAGAUCUAGCAGAUAGAUAUGGAAUCCCCUACUUUGAGACAAGUGCGGUGACGGGUGUUGACGUGGACCAGGCAGUGACCACACUCCUGGACCUGGUGAUGAAGCGGAUGGAGCUGAGCACGUACGGAGGCCCCAGCCCUGAGCCCAACGGCAGCCCGGCCGCCAGCCACGAAGUGGAGGAGGCUCCUGUUAGGAGGAGGUGCGCCUGCUGACCUCUCUCUCACUCUCUUCACACCUGCCCCCCGAGCGACGCUGCAGCUUGAGAUGCUACCGUUUUCUGGAGCUUGACUAAGGUGCCCGCUAGGUAAAGGCAGAAGAUGAGCUGAAAAUCAACUAAAACAUGAUCCGAUCCACACUCGAGAGGCCUAUUUCACUUAAACAACAACAACAUUGUUAUUACAGUGUGAAUCAUCUCUUGAUAUUUACUGUCAGUAAUAUUAUUUAUUCACAGCCUGUGUAUCGUUAAGUGAGAAAGAGGAGGGAGAGGAGAAGUGCAAGACUUUAAAUACUGUUUAUAGUAACUGAAUAUAUAGGUAUUCUUGUAAAAAAUAAAAAUAAAAAAACUGCAGGGGACUGCAGGUCUUGAAAAGUCUUAAAAAGCACUGAAUCCAGUUUCGCAAAAAAAUAUUUAAAAAGGUCUUUUCUGUGGCCUGCUGUAGACAGUAAUGUCAGUUAGUAAUUGUUUUUGUAUCCAAUUGUUCCUACAUAAAUGAAUUCAAUGAAUUAAUCAUUUUUAAUUGGUCAAUCCAUUCAUUUUGUGCCAGUUAUCCAGGCCCAGGUUACGUUAAUUAUUUGAUUAAAUCAUUGUAACUGUUGCUAUAUACUGCUGGGAGGUACAGAAAAACAGAGGACAUAUUAAUAGAUAAUUCUGGGCCAUAUGAUCCCAACCGGUUUUUCAUCGUAUUUUCAUUCUUUUAC